CUGGGACUUAUCCAUACCCGAGGUAGCGGGAACUAAGCCCCCGGGGAGCAACGUCACUCCCCUUGGCAUAUCAACCGCUGUCCACUGUAUGCGCCCAACACACCACGACAGAGGACGUCAGGAUCGAGCCCAUCAUCAACGCGAAAUGCUCGACGAACUGCGUUUGACACGAGCAAUCCUCCCCGAUUCCGUGCGUUUCGGCGAGGAGGCAUUCGCUUGCUCAGGCAUACAAGCGGGAUAAAUAACUCCUCGGCGAAGUAGGAAGGUCAUUUAAAGUGGAAGGAGCGCUCGCGUCUAGCAUGGUACCGUGUGCGGAUGUUGAGGGGGACAUCACAAAGAGCCAGCAAUUGUAACUUCGGGAUUUACUUGUUAAAUGCGCUUUUGCCGGAGAUCGUUGGGAUAUUCUGUGUGUAAACAUGCCUGUGAGGAGAGGUCACGUUGCGCCACAAAACACAUUCCUUGGAAUGAUUAUUCGGAAAUUCGAGGGUCAGAACCGUAAAUUUGUGAUAGCCAAUGCCAGGGUGGAGAACUGUGCAAUCAUCUACUGCAACGACGGCUUCUGUGAGAUGACCGGCUUCUCUAGGUCAGACAUGAUGCAGAAGCCCUGCACCUGUGACUUCCUGCACGGUGACCUGACCGACAAAGAGGCCAUCAGCCAGGUGGCACAGGCUGUGGCUGGGUCCGAGGAGCGCAAGGUGGAGAUCACCUACUACCGUAAGGAUGGGUCUGACUUUCAGUGCAACAUUCACAUUAUCCCAGUGAAGAAUGAAGAGGGCGUGGUGAUGAUGUUUAUCUUGAAUUUUGACUACGUCGCUGAUGAGGGGAGCGACAACUCCACGGAGAAGAUAAGCCCCACGUCCCCUACGAAGUCAGAUCAAAGGGGAAGUAGAUUCUUCCGCUUCCGCCAGGCCGCUUUGAGUCUAAUGAAUACCAACAAGCAAUCUCUUCCGCAAGAGGACCCAGAUGCUGUGAUGGUGGACUCGCCCAAAGAUGAUGUGGAUUCAGUGGCCCUGGAAAGCUUCCCGUCACCCACCAAGAGCAUUUGCAGUCCCAUUGAGGCCAAUGACACGCAUGCCCUCAUAGGCACGAGCCGCCACUGUUCCCAGGCCAGCAUCGGGCCUGAACCAGUUGACCAUUCAUCCCCUAAACUCCCUUGGGAGAAGCUGUACCAGACAGAGCCACACCAGUCAUCUACCUCCCUGUCAAACACCUUCCCCAGAGGCAGCAUCAACAGCAUGAGGAGAGCCUCAUCCGUCCAUGAAAUUGAGGGCUACAGCUCCAAUUCCAAAAGCAUAUUCAGGGAUCGGCAUACAAGUGAAGACAAUGGUAGCUAUGUCAGAGGCCCGUUCAACCACUUGAAGUCCAGUCUGCUUGGGUCUACAUCUGAUUCCAACAUCAACAAGUACAGCACCAUCAACAAGAUCCCCCUGAUUGCACUCACCUUCACCGAGGGGGCUGACAAGAAGGCACAUUCUCCACCCACAUCUGAGAAACCCAUCAUAGCACCAAAGGUCAAGGAGAGAACUCACAAUGUCACAGAAAAAGUCACACAGGUCCUGUCACUGGGCGCCGAUGUCCUCCCAGAGUACAAAUUCCAGACAGCUCGCAUUGACAAGUUCACCAUCCUCCACUACAGCCCCUUCAAGGCAGUGUGGGACUGGCUGAUCCUGCUGCUGGUCAUCUACACUGCGAUCCUCACCCCCUACUCCGCCGCCUUCCUUCUCAAUGACCAGGAAGAGCAGAAGAGACGUGAAUGUGGAUACUCCUGCAGCCCCCUCAAUGUCGUGGAUUUAAUUGUGGAUAUCAUGUUCAUCAUUGACAUCCUCAUAAACUUCAGGACCACUUACGUGAACCAGAACGAGGAGGUGGUCAGUCAUCCGGCUAAGAUAGCGAUCCAUUACUUUAAAGGAUGGUUCCUUAUAGACAUGGUCGCAGCGAUUCCCUUCGAUCUGCUCAUCUUUGGCUCAGGAUCUGAUGAGACUACCACUCUGAUUGGCCUGUUGAAGACAGCUAGGCUCCUGCGAUUGGUUCGUGUAGCCAGGAAGUUGGACCGCUACUCUGAAUACGGAGCUGCCGUCCUAAUGCUGCUCAUGUGCAUCUUUGCCCUGAUUGCCCACUGGUUAGCCUGUAUAUGGUACGCCAUUGGCAACGUGGAGAAACCCUACUUGGAGCACAAGAUUGGCUGGCUAGACAAUCUGGGCGUGUCCAUAGGGAAACGAUACAACUACAGCGAUCCCGGCUCUGGCCCUUCUAUCAAGGACAAGUAUGUCACAGCACUUUACUUCACCUUCAGCAGUCUGACCAGUGUGGGCUUUGGAAACGUUUCCCCAAACACCAACUCAGAGAAGAUCUUUUCCAUAUGUGUCAUGCUGAUUGGCUCCCUCAUGUACGCCAGCAUUUUUGGAAACGUCUCUGCCAUCAUCCAGAGGUUGUACUCGGGUACGGCGCGCUAUCACGCUCAAAUGUUACGGGUCAAGGAGUUCAUACGCUUUCACCAGAUUCCCAACCCGCUGAGGCAGAGGCUGGAGGAGUACUUCCAGCACUCAUGGACCUACACCAACGGCAUCGACAUGAACACGGUGUUGAAAGGUUUUCCUGAGUGCCUGCAGGCAGAUAUCUGCCUUCACCUUAAUAAGAAUCUUCUGGAUGACUGCAAAGCUUUCCAAGGGGCCACUAAGGGCUGCUUGAGGGCCUUGGCCAUGCGCUUCAGAACCACUCACGCACCUCCUGGGGACACCCUGGUCCACAGCGGCGACGUACUGACCGCCCUCUACUUCCUGUCCCGCGGCUCAAUUGAGAUCAUGAAAGAUGACAUUGUGGUAGCUAUCCUGGGAAAGAACGACAUAUUUGGGGAGAUGAUCCAUGUGUUUGCCAAGCCUGGAAAGUCCAAUGCUGACGUGCGAGCUCUAAGUUACUGUGACCUGAGCACCAUUCAGAGAGAGGAUCUGCUCGAGGUGCUAGACAUGUACCCGGAGUUUGCCGACUACUUCUUCAAUAACCUGGAACUCACCUUCAACCUGAGAGAUGAGUCUACCAAGCCCCCCAGUUUGCAGGGAUGUGAUUCAGAUGACGAGGGCAACAAAAGCAUAAAAAGGAGAAUCUCCUUUACGCCAGAUCCAUCUAAAGGGGAAAACAAGGAAGUGGUUAAGGAUGUUCAAAGGGAGCGGGAGUCUAACUCAUGCCUAAAGAGAUGUUCUGUAGUCCUGGGUCCCUCCUCACUCAACGUCCCAGUCCUAGACUCAGAUCUUAUUGUCAGAGGGGGCUUGAACAGAAGACCAUCUUUUGAAGAUAUGUGCUGUGAUAAAUGGACCUGUAAGAAGCCUGCAGACUACCUGGAUGAGUCAGCACAGUUCCAGGACCUUAGAGAGGACGAUAACUCUGCCAGUGAAAUCACGUACGGAGAGGUGGAACAACGCUUAGGUCAGCUUCAAGAGCACUUAAACAGGCUGGAGUCUCAGCUGAUAUCAGAUAUUCAGACUAUCCUGCAGCUGCUGCAGAGACAGCCAACUCUGGGACCUCCCGCCUACAGCACUGUGACUGCCAGUCCAGACUACCACAGGCCUGCAGUGAAGGUCCAGCCAGUUCCUCUGACUUCAAGCCAGUUUUUUCCACAUACAGGAACGCAAGGCCCCACCCACAAACUGGAGGAGACCAUUCAGGAAUCCAAAGACUCUGUGUCGAGCUUGGCCGCCGUGAAUGCCCCCGUCCAGGACAGCCUUACAGCAUUUCUUGUACAGAGACAUUCAGACCCACAGCAACGGCAGCAACCGACCCCUGGGCAUCAACAGUCAACAUUGAUCCUUCUUCCAGUCGAAACCUCUUCCGCCUCCUCCUCCUCUUCUUCCCCGGCACCUUCAGACUCCAACCUCAACACCACUGGACUCCACAGACCUGUCUCAGACCCAGAGUUUCCCAGGUCAUAAACCUUUCAGCCGCACAGUAUUUUAAUAUUGGGGUUGUAAUGCUGUAAUUACUAAGUAGCAGUUUUUCAUCAGCAUGCUGGCACAGACAUCGGUAUUGUUAAUUUGCAGUGGCUUGGUAAUAGAAAUAAGAUGUUCUGUUAAUGUGCAUGUGGAUAGAAAACACUGUUUGCUGGAAAUGAGAAACCAGAACAGGGUUGAUCAUCAUCAUUUGUGACACUAUACACUUAUAUGCAGAUGCCCAGCAAAUCACAAACAAGCCUGUUCAGCCUAGUGGAGACUACCCCUGUAUAAGAACAGCACUCAAGGAUGCUGACUCCACAUGGUUGCAAUGAAACUAUAACUACUACACCUCACAAACUUUACCAUGGCUUUGUACUCUAAUGGGUUCUCUAUUUCUGCCUGUGACUCUGCUGCAGCAUUUCAUAUUCCCAUACAGCUGGUCACAAAGAGUGGGCCACCAGGCUAGGGUCAGCCCAUGGCCUACUGUCCUCAAAUCUGUCUUGGUGCACAGCACAUUUAGACACGAGCACCAGUGCAACUAUUCUAUCUACAUUCCCAACAUCAUUCCUGAACCCAUGAGAGAGGCCUGGCUACCUUGACAAUCAGAGAAAUGUGUUUCAACCUCCACCAUUACUCUCUAAUCAAGAACAGCUCACUGACCUACCUCACACUAGACAGGUUCCAGUGAUAUCACAUGGGUUUCUUGGUGUUGUCAGCUGCAGAGCCAGAGAAAUGUUGGCUCGCCCCAAUACCAGGCCACGGCCACUAGAACUCGGCAGUCUGUGCAACAGACGUGGCAUGGCCGAAAACAACGGGAGGCACAGCACCCCACAGAAUGACUCCGGCCAGCUGCUCUCUGAUUCUUUGGGUGCUGAGAAUGGUUGGCAAGUAUCCAAGGCCACACCAAAUAUACAGGGAAUUACAGUAAGGACAAACUCUCAAGAACAUAUCCUUUCUGGUCUGGCAAAAUGGGACGUUGAUAGUGGCAGCAACACCACAUGGGCAGUCUCUUAGAAGUCCAGAGUGCAGGCCAGAAAAUAGACAAAAGUGGUUCAGAGGAUGGACAAGGUGACAGUCACAAGCCACCAGACCUCCACUACCAACACUCCUGUGCAGAAAGCAAAAGAGAAAGGUACUAGGCCACAGGCAAAAGUCACCCUCCAUAUAACUGAUCUGGAGACGGGCAGGACAACCCCACUGCCAAGAAAAUACCUGUCCACCAAUUGAUAGGAUCCUGAAAUGUCUUUUGACAAGAAGUUGCCCCUGGCCUUUUCAAGCCCUUUUAUGCCUGUAGUCUGAAGAGUAAAAGGUUAUCUUUCCAAACACUGAGUGUCAACUGGGAAUAGCUGCUGUAUAACUCAAUGCCACCCAAUUGAUCACUCAGCUUGGUAUGUUCCAGAGUAACAGGCAAGAAGAUGGCAGCACUGAAGAUGGAGGUUGGCCAUUGGAGGCUGGCUGGCAACUGGCGAGCAAGAACUUGUUUGUUCAGGCAGUUGACCUGUGUGUUGUACUUGGAAGCAAGGAUGUGAGCCUACAGCAGGGCUCUGCACUUACCAUGUCAUGUGUGAAGUACCUUAAGUAUGAGGAAGCAACUGUGCAACCACAGGAAAAUGAUGACGCAGACAUUCUUCCUCCAGUUGAUGAAAUCACUGCAAAGCACCUGACAGAGAGGUGCUGACAAGGUGAUGGAAACACGUGCUUUGAGUUUCCUCCUCUGGGACAGGAGAUGUUGCACGACACUGGUCACGUGGACACCGUCAACAGUUGAACUUCUUCAUUCGUGUUAGGGCCUGUUAAGAGUCUAAAGCCUAUACAUGGGAUACAAAAACAGUUGCAUUUAGAGGGCCUGUAUAUGAACGGAAUAUAAACAUGUUUCUGCAGCUAUUAGAAUAAAACAGCUUUAUCGCAAAGGUGUGGGAACACUUUUCUUAUCCCUAAGUUGUAUGCCUGUCUUCUCUGAAGUGUGACUCAGGGGUUCUGGACAAUUGCACUGCAAUACACAGUUCAGUAUCAAGUAUACUAAAGUUUUCUUCUUUAAACAAUGUGCAUUAUUACUGCAGUCACUGAUGUGCACCUACUGUAUAAAGUUAAGCCAACAGACCACACCAUACAUGCUUGUCUGGACAGAUAUCAAUAUAACACGCAGAUCUGAGAAAUGUCUGUGACUAGCUAAGAAGCUAGGACAAACAAGUAUGAUGUAGUCAUUUCUACAAAGCAGUGCAUGUGAUUUUAUAUAUCUUUAAACUUACUGUUUUGCACUGCUUAUGAGCCCAAAGUAGCACACGUCAGUAUAAAAUGAUGUCAGCGUACAUGUCUUUUUUCGGCUGAAGUUAGAGGAUGUGUUGGGAGAGGAGGGAUGGAAGGAAUGUGGGAUGCAAAGGAAGUUAGUACUUGCACAUAAACAGGCCUCAGUGAGGGUCUCGUGCCUACACAACCAAUCCAAAUGCUAAGUCAGUCAGUCAGCGUCUUUAUGUAUAACUAACCAUAAAUCAAUUAAACAUAUUGUUUCCCUAUACUGUUUUUUUUUGUUUGUUUUUUGUUUUUUGGCAAUGUACAUUAAAAAUAAACUGCUGUUAGACCGUUGUAGAACAUAAACAUGUAACAUUGCCAGAUGUAAUAAAAUAUGUAUUUUUUUUAACUGAAUAAAUUAUAUGAAACAUUCUAUAGAAAAAUAGUGCAUAUGCUUGUUUUGAAGCUGUGGGAGCAAUAAAUGAAUUCACACAGUUA